AGUGACGGAACAUAGGGACUAGAGAGAGAUACUAUGGCGACGACCCUUAUGAACAGAGCAAUCUCCAGAACCGAGACCUUCGGUUCUUUCAAACUAUCUAUCAAUCUCCUGAGGAAUUUCUCUGCGCCGGCGGCGGCAUCUCCGUCGACGGAAAACCGUAGCAGCUCCGAUUCGAUAAAACCUAAACGAAGGAAGAAGAAGAGUCUGUUCGAAGUCUCUCAAUUCUUACCCAAUUGGGGAAUUGGAUAUCAUAUUGCUAAAGCUCACUGGAACGGAAUCUCUUACGAAAUCACUAAGAUCAAUCUCUACAAGGAUGGUAGGCAUGGAAAAGCGUGGGGCAUUGUUCACAAAGAUGGGUUGCGAGCUGCGGAAGCUCCAAAGAAGAUAAGUGGUGUUCACAAACGCUGCUGGAAGUAUAUCCCAAACCUUUCAAAGACCACACCUGCAACCAACUCUGCCCAAGUCCAACCUGCCUGAUCUGUUUUACUUCCAUCGUUUCUGGGUACUUCUCAGGAUAUAUAUAUCUGUUUCUUUUACUUUGGAAAAUACAACUGUUGUUUAUGUUCCUUUUUAUUUCGUCCCUAGCUUUGUUGAGAUCCGUAAUCGUCGGAUCAUGAUCGAUUUUAGGUUCAUCUUGCUAAAGACUUUUACACUUCUUGGGACCGAUUUCGCUACGAUUAAGUAUGAACUUGUCUUGUAGGAGAUCUUCUGGUUAUGAAAGAUCUAAUAAAACCUCAAUUACCUGUUGUCCUAAAACUUAUGUUGUCAUAGAGAACCAACCAGACUCUAGUUCCAUGUCAAGUCUUUUUGGUCUUUUCUCCACCGUAUAUGUUUGUCUUCCAACUUUAUGGAAGCUGUUGUUUUGUUGAAAGUUUGGUUACACACGCUUUGGU